CGCCCGCGAGGGGAGCCCAGGAGGGCGCAUGCGCGGACGGGGAUGCGCUGGGGGACAGCGGCCGGGCUCGGAGGGGAUGCGAGGUUUUACUCGAGCCAGCGGGAGCGGUGAAAUAGCGCGGAAGGUCACCCGUGAGAAAAGGAGCAGAACUGCAUGACAAACUACCUUAAGUAAGUUCUUCAGAUAACCAGGAUGCAUUUUCAGUGGGACUGGCUGUGCUUGGGUCUCCUGAUAAUUAGCUCAGUAACUGCAGAAAUGGAAAACGAAGAAAUUUUGGGAGCAGAUGUUGAAGUGGAGGAUUUUGACAAACAAUCUCAAGAAGCUGAUGUUGACAAAGAUGAAUCUUCCUUAGGGAUUGUAUACCAGACGCCAAAGCCAACUGGGGAAGUGUAUUUUACAGAAACCUUUGAUGGAGUAUUGACAGGGUGGAUAUUGUCUAAAACCAAGAAAGAAGACACGGAUGAUAACAUUGCUAAAUAUGAUGGAAGAUGGGAAGUAGAAGAGCUGAAAGAAAACACAGUACCUGGAGACAGAGGAUUAGUGUUAAAAUCGGUGGCAAAGCAUCAUGCAAUAUCAACUAUGCUAACAAAGGCAUUUAUUUUUGAUAAUAAACCUUUGAUUGUUCAAUAUGAAGUGAAUUUUCAAGAAGGCAUUGACUGUGGUGGUGCAUAUAUUAAACUUCUCUCCAGUAGUAAUGACUUGAAUCUGGAAUACUUUUUUGACAAAACACCUUAUACUAUUAUGUUUGGACCAGAUAAAUGUGGAGAAGAUUACAAACUACACUUUAUCUUCAGACACAAGAAUCCUAAAACUGGAGAGUAUGAUGAAAAACAUGCAAAACGCCCUGAUGUAGACCUAAAAAAGUUCUAUUUGGACAAGAAGACUCAUCUGUACACACUUGUGCUAAAACCAGAUGAUACAUUUGAAAUGUUAAUCGACCAAACAGUUGUCGGUAAAGGAAGUCUCCUUGAGGAUAUGGUUCCCCCAGUAAACCCUCCCAGAGAAAUAGAGGAUCCUGCUGACAAGAAGCCUGAUGACUGGGAUGAAAGACCAAAAAUACCUGAUCCCAACGCUGUCAAACCGGAUGACUGGGAUGAAGAUGAGCCUUCCAAAAUAGAAGAUCUUGAUGCUGUUAAGCCUGAGGGAUGGCUUGAUGAUGAACCACAAUAUGUUCCAGACCCUAAUGCAAAAAAACCAAAGGACUGGGAUGAAGAAAUGGAUGGGGAGUGGGAAGCCCCUCAGAUCCCUAAUCCAAAGUGUGAGACCGCACCUGGUUGCGGAAUCUGGGUGCGUCCCAUGAAGAAUAACCCAAAGUAUAAAGGAAAAUGGAAAGCACCUAUGAUAGAUAAUCCUAAUUAUCAGGGAAUCUGGAGUCCUCGGAAAAUACCUAACCCAGACUAUUUUGAAGAUCCUCACCCAUUUGAGAUGACAGCUGUCAGUGCUAUUGGUUUAGAACUCUGGUCUAUGACAUCUGAUAUCUACUUCGAUAACUUCAUUAUAUGUUCAGAAAAAGAAGUAGCUGAUCGUUGGGCAGCAGAUGGCUGGGGCUUGAAGAAAUUAGUAGCAAGUGCUAAUGAGCCUGGAAUGUUUAGUCAACUGGUGACAGCUGCAGAAGACCACCCAUGGCUCUGGGUUCUUUACAUCUUGACUUUAGCACUCCCCAUUGGUCUAGGUGUGUUGUUCUGCUGGCCAGCAAAGAAAACAGAUGAAGAUAUUGAGUUCAAAAAAACUGCUAUAUCUGAGGCAAUUACAAAAGGAGAAAUAAAACAAGAGAGAGAAGAGUUAGAAGAUGAUGAAAUAGAUUUAGAAGAAGAAAAAGAAAAUGAAGAUAUUGUUGAAGAUGAGAGAAGAGAACCAGAGGAGACAAAAGGAGAGUUGGUAAAGGAUACACAGAAGAUGGAAGGGGAGGCUUCUCCUUCAGAAGAUGAGGGUGAAGGUGGUGAAGAUAUUUAUGAAGAGGAAGAAAAUGAAGUUGCAGAUGGAAGUCAAGAAGAAGCUGAUAAGUCAAAUAAAUCUGGUUCAGAAGAUGAGAUGAAAGAAGAUGAUGAAAGCACAAGUUCUGGAGAUGGUCCACUGAAAUCAGUGCGCAAAAGAAGAGUACGAAAGGACUGAGUUAUUUCCAGUUAGUAUUUUUAGGUCUAGAUAAUAGUAACUUUUGGCAUGUCACUGCAGUGGGCCUGACAGCAUGCAGGUUCCUGAGAUUUGAAGGGAGAAGUGAGACUCAUUGCGACUUAACCUCUUUUAAAGCCCUAAUCUCUUUUAACCUUCCCAAACGUCGAUUCCCUUUUUUAAGAAGAAAUACCAUCUGUGAUGAGUUAGCUGAUGCUUCAAAUCUAGAAUAAAAGUGAAAUUGCAAGUUGGCCAACUGAUUUAAAAAUGAAGAUUCUUAAGAUUUGAGGAUUCUUAGAGAUUAGUAUUAGUUGGAGAUAAACUUUUACUCUAAAUAUUUUUAAAAACAUGAAUAAAUUAUAAUAUUUUUGCAGCUCUAGCACACAUUUUAGCUGUUGACACAUUUCAGCUAAAAGAGGAUUGUGGUAUAGAUGUAGCAUCUACAGCAGUUCACACUGUUGAGAGAAAAGGUGUUUUUUUUCCUGUGCAGAGCUAAAUGCAAUAAUUGUUUUUGUAUGAUGAUUUAGUGCUAGUAACAAUUUUUAUCGUACAUUAUUUAUUUCCGUUGAUACUGUUACAUGGAUAGUCAUCUGUUCACUUUAAACAUUGGUUACAAUAUUUUAAGAGCUAUUUCAAAACAGAAUACUCAUAGAACAAGUGGUUAAUUGAUGACUUGUUUUGCUUUUUUGAAUGCAGAUAUCAAAUCUACAGAAGUGAAAUACAAAUGAUUUUUUUCAAACUUUUAUAGCUCUCAUGUUCCAAGCCAGAACAGUAUAGGCUUUGUUUAGAGAAUACUUGCUAAGUGUACAUUACAUCCUGAAAAUAUUUAAUAAUUCUUGCUUAACAUGAAAUUUAUUAACAUAGAUACAAAUUUUUGAUGGAUUAAGUUUUUGUUUUUUUUUUUUACAGAUGUGAGUACCUGGGCAUUCUCUUAAUAUAGUUUAAAUAAACUGCGUAAGAGAAAUUUUGUUUUGUUACUGUGUUCAACUGUACAUUGAAAUAGUUCAACUGUAUAUUAAAACAAACAAACAAUAAAACCAGUUACUGGAAUCCUCUUGCUGCUUGGCAGCUGCCUAUAGUGGUGGUAUGUAAACUGCUAGCAAAAGCAGUCAUAUGCUAAAACCGGAGAAAUACAUUAGUUUAUAUACAACCUGACAAAUUUUCUUGUGACUGGCAAGAAGUCCGUUCACUUAUAAAAGAAAUAUUUUCUCAGCAUAUGAAGUCAACGACAAUUUCACAGUUUUGUUUACUCUGAUAUUACUUUAUAAGAUAUCUUUAACAAAUGAAUGCUUUUUAACGAACCCAAAUGAAGAAGCCAGCCAACACAAGUACUUGUGUUGAAGCGUUCAAAAGCCAGGAAUAUUGGAUUCUGUUUUGUGUGGAGAAAUACAUGGAGGGACAUGUCAAAGUGCAACACUUUAAUCUCCUUCAUUUAUGGUCUACAUGCAAAAGGUACGUAGUGACUCCAGAUUCCCCCUUCUACCUGUGACUUUUCAAUAAUAAAUAGAAGCUGUUACCAGUGAGGUGUCCUGUUGGCAACAAAAGGACCCUGAGCAGUGAGUAUGAGUAUGGACUGCUGAUUACUGUGACCUGUCAGGGAGCAUUUCAGCACUGAAUUUGAUUGAAUCCUGUCUGAGCCUGGUAAAAGGCCUGUGGCAUUGUUACAGCAUUUGGGUUUGGGCUUUGGGGUUGGUUGGGUUGUUUUUGUUUUUAAAUCACUGCACAUUGAUUUCUUAGUAAUGAUAUAGUUACUUCAGGGAUCAGUCACCUUAUAGGGGAUGCUAGUCUUCCCUUAAGUUCUUGAACUUGGAUUUGUCUUCAUUAAUGUAGUAUCAGCAUCUUUGUAUCUUAUUUCAGUAAGGACAGACUCCUUUAUUACAGGUAAAAUUGUUUUAGGAGGUCAUUACUCAAGAGUGCUGUUUGCAAUAGUACUGGCUUUGUAAGGCCUAUCUCGCUCUUUAAUACUGGCUUAAUGACUUCCAUUACCUGGAACCUGCAGAUAAAAGACAUCUUCAUGCAUAUCAGUUUACUUGGAUCUAGUCUUACGCUAACAAUUAAGGGAGAAAUAUCAGAGCUUAGGGUACUUGAGGCUCUAGAUGAGAAAAAAGGCAAAAGGGGAACCCCUCUGAUUCUUUUAACACUGAGAUUUCAUCCUGUAGUUCGUGUGUGUAGUUCAUUUAUCACCAAACACAUUUCAAGAAAAAUCCUUGAUCCUGGUUGCUUGAAAGUGCUUUGAAAUUAGUCAACUAAUGAUAACCCUCUUACAGGGUGCCUUGCUAUUAAAGCUGUCAGUCAUCUUUGUAACCACAUGAGUAGCCGACCUCCACAGCCUGCAUUCCCAGCAGCUAUGUUGCAGCUGAGUAAGGCGGCCUUACUGACAACAGCAAGGCCCAGAUGGAGAAUCUUUUACAUUCAGGGGAGGCUAUGUAGGACUGGCGGAACAUGUGAGCUUGGUUUCUUCCAACUUGAUUUCCUCCUGUUAGCUUCCACUGUCAUAAAGAUAUGCUGAAAUAAGAAUUCCAGUUUCUGUCUCAUGUUAGAGCUAGCUAGCUGUAUAGGAAAAGGGAAAAUCUUCCAACUUAAAGUCAACCCACAUAGAUGGGCAAGUUUUAGCUUUGAAAACAGUGGAUGCUGUCUGCCAAGCCUUUUUGUUUGUUUUCUUUUAGCUUGAACAGCAAAGUAUACUAAGAUUCACAGGUGGAAAUAGCAAGUGAGUCAGGAACUGGAAGCUUACUGGAAAUGGUAAUUAACCCAGUUUUAAUCUCAAGUCUUGAUAAUGACAUCUAGUCUUUCAGACACUUCAACUGUGUAGAAACAAUUAAGAUAACAGCAAACCUACUCCUUUUCCACCUUUUGACUACAGAUAGUUGCAGGAAGUUUUAGGGUUUAUAAAUAUUAAACCAAAGUGAGACAAAUCAAGUUUUUAUUUAGUGUAAAGUCAGAAAUACAACAUCUUUAAAAUGCUCAUAAGUUAAAUGAAGGCCACAGCAGUGGGAUGUAAAAUGGUAUAUAGAUGAAAUGACUACUAUAUACAGACCGAUAGAUAAAAUAUCACUAUCCAAUCUUACAAUACACAACUGUGAUUUUAAGAUUACGUGAUCUUGGGAGAAUUGCUGAAGUCUAACAAAGUGCAUGCUCUGUCGCCACUUGGUGUUUGUGGGUAUCUCCUACAGUGCAGAUGGAGAUGUGGAAGUGACACAGCUUUAAAGCUAGGAUGGCUAUAAUGAAAUAUAAUUUUUAGAAGUCAAGUGCUUGGGUGUUUUUUUAUUUUUUUAAUGCUUGAAGCCUGGACUAGCCAUGCAAUUUAUUCUACCUGCUAGGAAUUCUUGGAUGUAUUCAGAUUUUCAGAUAGGCAGUAAAGUGACAAAGCAGUCCAGAGACAUUUACAAG